AUGAUGCGGGGCAGUGCGCUCCUCGCUCUUGUCUUGCUCUCGCCCUCCAUAGCCAGUGCCGCUCGCCCGGUCGGGGCGGUGCUUCGACUAGAGUCGAAGGCAAGUGGCUUUAGCAGGAACCUCCCAGCGCUGUACGCGGCUUGGUCUGCGCCCGUUUCUGUGGAUGGCUUGAGCAUCGUGCGGCCUCAGUCGGACCCCUUCGGCUGCUCGCCGCUUCCCAGUUUGCACGGGAAUUCCAACUACAAAUACGACUACGACGGCGAAUGGAAAGACAACGAUGGUGACGGCGAGAUGGGUCCCGUGUCGGCGCUGCGCACUCUUAGUGCUGCAGGGGCAGCUGACAAGGCAGAUCCUGGGACCUUGAAGGAUUAUGACCGUUGCAGGAUGAGACUUCUUGUCGCCCUCUGGGCGCUCGCUCCGAUCUGGGCCGAUCCAGCAGAGCUCGACGCUUCCUCGGAUGCUGCCGUCUCCUGCCUCCAGCGUCACGCCAGCAAUCGGGAGAGACCAAGACUGGAACAACAGGCCGGCUUCUCUCACCAAACGACGGCGGCGCCGAGUUCCAGUUCUGCAUCUCGAGGCCUUCCGCUCGAGGCAGAGCUGGGUCCGGCUUUCAACGAUCCGUGUGGGCCGGAGCAGCCCUCCACAGGCUUCGCCAGGCUCGAGCGGCCGCGACAUGACACUUCGGACCUUUUCAUUGACCUGACAGACGUGCUUCAGAAUGGCAGUGUCACGGUCCUGGUGACGGCGAUGAGUCUAGAUGGUGCUUACAGCGAUGUGGACGGCUUCGACGUGACCCGGGCAGAGCCUUUAGAAGACACCGAGAACUCGCUGUUGGUCCUGCGGCUAUCGAAAAGCGGCGAAGGCAUCGACUUCUACCGACCGAGCCUGGGCAUCCGCACCUCGGACAACCAGUCCGAAGAGGCAGUUCACCGCGGACUUGGUGACGGUUGGCUCGGAAGCCUUGAACGGCUCCACUGCAGAGGAAAUCCCAGCCGUAUCGUCAUCAGUGGGGUGAAGCUGAUUUGGGCCGGCUUCUUCGCUGCCAGCAUUGCAGCUGAUGCCGCGGACUAUCGUAUUCUGCAGGCUCGCGGCUAUGCCAAGAACUUCGAUGUCUCCGUGGAGUACCUGAUGAGUAGCAUGGCUCCUCUUCGGGUUGGCUACUCGUUGGUCUUGCUGCCGGAGGUUCCAAUGGCUGCACGGCCGAGUGAUGACAGGCUACUCUUCUUCGCCUCUGAGUUCCAAGAUCUCGGCUACCGCCAGGCCGCAGGUGCGGAAGCUCCCAGCCACGAGAUCGACCGGACCACGACUUCCAUCUGGCGCUACAACCUGGAGGCUUUGCCAGACCAGCAGAUCCGCAUUCAUGUAGACUUUUCGGUGCCCGAGCGCUGGCGUGAAGCUUUCCGGCAGGGCAUCGAGGCUUGGAAUCUCGCCUUUGUGCCGCUUGGACACCCGCGAGCUGUGAGGGGCGUCGUCCCAGGCGAUGAGGAUUGGCCCAAGGACUACGACAUGUCCGAUGCCCGCUUCAGCACGAUCUCGUGGGAUUUAACAGAUGAAGUUGUCAGCAUGGGGGUCGCGAAAGUAGAUCCCCGGAGUGGUGAAAUUGUCAAGGGCGACAUCACGAUGUCCAGCGGUUGGGUCAAAGCCUGGCUUGAAGACAUCGAUAGCUUGGCGCCCGGCCUCACGCACCUGGUCUUGCCUCGCGGUCCGAGCUCCGGGUUGAAGCUCUUGCAGACGGGGCGAGGCCAGCACCAGCGUGCGUGGCGGAGACUCGAGAGAGGUCACGCCUCCCGAGCGGCGCUCGCUCGGCAGAAAGGCGGUCAGAGAAGCGCCGCCCUGAACGCCACCUCGAUCGAGGACCUCGUGGCGACCGGCUUGCGGGCUAUCGUGAUGCAUGAGACCGGCCACAUCUUGGGCCUGAGGCACAACUUCAAGGGCAGCCUGGGCAUCUCUUUGGACUGCCUGAAGGCCAAAGCCUGCACUUCCGAGCAUGGCUUGUCGGCCAGCGUCAUGGACUAUGUGCCUCCGAAUCUACAAGGGACAGAUGCAAGCUCGCUGGAAGUCGAUGUCUUCACCCCUGUCGUCGGAGACUACGACAAGCAGGCCAUAGCUUAUGGCUACCGGGCCGUGGACCAGGAGGCCUGGCCCAAGGUGGCCCCGGAGCUGCAGGAGAUCUUGAACGCUGCUGAGCAGUUCGAGGUGUGCUAUGAUGACGACAUGGACGUGGAAGAUCCAACUUGCAUGGCCUACGACAUGAGCGAGGAUCCAAUCGGCUUCUACGAGCAGGAGUUCGCCCGUUAUGUGGAAGUGUCCAAAGGCCUUUUGGAGGCCUCCGUCGCGCCGGGAGAACCCUUGGCCUUGUACGGCGAGGCGGUGACGAACCUCCUUGGGCGGGUCGAGGCGCUGGCGGCGAAGGUGGUGAGCUGGGUCGGUGGCAUCAAGGACGGCUACAAACAUCGUGGCCCGCAAGGCGAGCUGGCGCAAUCAAGGGCACCCAUCUCCCGCGCGUUGCAGCAGAGGGCGCUCGCGCUUAUUUUCAGGCUGCUGAGGCCCAAAGCAUCGGGUCUUCUGCCGCCGCAAGACAACCUUCCUUACCUCGUCGAAGGCAGUGCUUCACAUGAUCACGUGCGGAGCGUCGAUGUUUCCAGCAUCGUCCACGACGUUGCAGGCAAUCUUCUCGAAUCCUUGCUGGGCAGCAAAAGGCUGCUGCAGAUCUACAGGCAGCAGCACUUGGAGGGAGCUCAACAGAGCGAUGUGCUGAGCCUCGACGAUAUGCUGCGUGAUCUUGUCGGAAAUAUUCUGGAGCCAGGCCUGAAAGCCGCUGGUCAUGGUCAAGAUCUCGACGCGCAGGAGAUGGAUCUGCACUUCCUCCUUGUGCGCAAGCUAAAGAAUGCCUACUUGCGCAACGUCAAGAACCCGAAAGUCGAUGUGCGCAUCACGAAGCGAGCUCAGGACGACUUUGCAAGCAAAGUCGUAGAGGUGGACCCGGAGGAGGAGCCCCCGGAGUUGCCAGAGCACAUCAGCAGCAAGCUGCUGUACUAUCUGCAGUCUGCCCGGCAGCUGACCAAGAACUCCCUGGAGCAGCUGCCUCACAAUACCGAGGCUGCCAGCUUUUGGAAGCCCUGCGGGGACCUUCUCGGCGCCUGCGUCUGCACCGGCCUCGCGCGUUUGGCUGUGCAGGGUGCCUCCUCGGCCAUAGCUUUCACUCCUUCCAUUGCCGUGUCCGACGUGAUCUUCUGCCACAACUCCAGCUUCCCACAGGCUGUGUUGGAAGAUGGUGCGCGAAGAUUGCAGGACAGCGACAGCUGGUGUGAGUGCCUUUCGCUGGAUGCGACUGGCCCUUCUGACGUCCGCACUCACUUAGCGCUGCUGCACCGGGAGUUUGCGGACGUCUUUUGUGAGGGCAGCGGCGGCUGCAGCGAGGCCCGGGUGUCGCUACCCUUGGCCCCGGCGCCCCCUGUUGACAUGCGGUCGCCUUUCAAGGCCACCGACGCAGUCGCCGAGAGCCCCAAGUCAAAGUUGACGAUCAAGUGGUUCAUCAUUGGAAUCUCCAGCGCACUCGGCAUCAUCUUUCUUUCCUUUGUUUCGUACCGGCUCCGCUACCAUGGUGCAAUCCAUGGCUAG